UGUUAUGUGAACAAAUUAAACCAAGAAAUAGAUAGGUCAAAAAAAAAAGAUAAUGAGAAAUGCUCAAUGGAGUCAAUUGUCAACUAUAUGGCGAAUACGUUGAAAAAAAUUUUAAAAGAGAAAUCAAAUUUGGAGAACCGAUUACAACAAGUAACAGAAGAAUUGUGUUCCAAGACAAAGGAUCAUGCAGAAUUAGUAAAAAUUUGCAAUGAUGAAUGCAUAUCAAGAGAAGUAUGUGAAAAAAAAAAGACACUUAAAAACAAUAUUACAAUUAUAGAUGGAUUGGAAUAUGGUUUGUGUGAUAUGAAAGACCAGUUAAUAGAAACAGAAAAAUUGAAAAUCAUUUGUCAAGACAAAUGUAAACAUCUGAGUAUACAAAAUGAGGAACUAAAUAACAAAUUGGAAAUAAAAAAUUACAAUAACAUAAAAAAUUGUCAUAAAAUCGAAAAUCUCUGUAAACGAAUUAUUCAAUUUGAAGCCGUUACUAAAGGUCUUGAGAUGCAAAACAAAACACAUAUAGUAGAAAUUGAUGAACUUAAAGAAGAAAAAUGUGUCGCAGAAAAAAAAUUUAAUAAAAUAAUUGAAGAUCUCUAUUGCACCAUUCAAGAACUAAGAAACGAACUAGCCACUGCCAAAUUAGAUAUCGAAAAUACUAAAAAAUGCUUGGAAAAUAUAAAUGACGAAGACAAAAAAAGUUUUGAACAUAAAAUUGGUUUACUGAAAACUGAUAUUGGGAACUUAGAAACUGAACUUGAUUUUUAUAAAUGCCAAUAUGAUUCAUUAAUGACAAAAAAUCUGUUAAAUGAAAAAGAACUUUCAAAAUUCAAUGAGAUGGUUCAACGGUUACAAACUCGAGAAUUUGAAUUGAAUAAAGAAAACGAAGAAAAUAAAGAACAUGUGUCGACGCUAUGUAUAAAUGUAAAUAUGAUAAAACAACAACUUGAAGAAACGAUACAAAAAAACAAUGAAUUGACACAUCACAAUGAUAAUUUAAGAGCGGAAAAUGACGUACAGUGUCAAGAUAUCGAUGAAUUGAAUAAUACGCUCAUAACUGUAAGAAAAAACGAAUCGUGUGUGCGAAAAGAUCUGGUUGUGCAUAAAGAAAAACUAACGAAAGCGGACGAAGAAAUUGCCAAUUUGAAUUCAGAAAUGAGCCACGUUAAAUGUGAAUUUCACAAAACUUGUGCCAAAUUGACUUGUACAGAACAAAAGCUACAUAAUACAGAGUGUAAACUGAACGAAGAAAUAUGUCUAAAAAAAGAAAUUACUGAGAAAUACUGUAAUAUGGUCAACUGUCUGACUACGAAUUGUGACAUGAAGCAAUCGAUAAAGCCAACUUGUAUAUCUGCCGGAUGUCAAUAUGACAUAUCAGUAGAUGAUAAACAGAUAGGAGACUACUGCUGUUUUCCUGGCGAAAACAACAUAUCGUGUAAUAUUACAAAUUAUGAUGUACGGGGACUAAACUAUGAAAACACUUAUUCAAUUGAAAUGACAAAGGAAUCUACUCAUAUUGGUAUACAGACUAAUUUGUGUUGUCCUGAAACUGUUACACCUGUAGCCCAUUGUGGAACGGUAUCAGUAAUUAUGGACGAAUCCUGUCCAAACGAUAACGUCAAGUGCUGCCCUGAACCAUGUGACACAAAUAAAUGUGAUUUUGGCCAAUGUGAAUCAAAUGACAGUUGCACGUGUCAAUGUGAGACACCACCACUCGAAACAACAUCUCAAUUAGAUUGUCAUUCAGCCGACUGUUCGCGUUCUGAAAAAUCAGAACUCACGACAUCCUGCGAUUGUAUUGCUGUUUUCUUGGAAAAAGAAAAUUUAAAAUGUCAACUGGCCGAGUCGACACAACUAUUAGAACAAUAUGGAAAGGAUACAGAGAAAAAAAUAUGUGAAAUUCAAGCAGAACACUGCAAAAAGGAGUUUGAUAUGAAUGAAUGUUUCAAUAAGAAAACAUCACAAUACAAAAAAGAUAUAGAUGAACUUACCACACAAUUGGAAGAUUGCAAAGCAACGAUUUUGUGUAUGGAAAAGGAAUUAACAUGCUGUCUGGAAAGAGAAAACCGACUAAAAAAAGAUAUAGAAAAACUAAAACAAGCUAUAAAAUGCAAAGAUUCAAAAAUAAAUGACGAAGAAAAUAAAAUGAAAACAAUGUGUGAAUGUUUGGAGGAAUGCAAGAAACAAUUCGUAACCCUGAAAUGCUCAUUGGAGUUGGAAAAAUCCACUAAAGAAGAAUUGGACAAACAAUUGGAACAAAAAGUAGUUAAACCCAAAAAGAAGAUCAUUAAGAAAUUGAAGACACCUGAGAAAGUUGUGCGGAAAAACAAGGUACCAAAGAAUAUAAAAAAAAAUGUGUAUGAUCCUUGCGGAGAUAAAAGAUUGAGGUCGGGAGCCGACCAUGACACGGGACACAAAUUCCGUGGCACCGAACAAGAAAUGUAUAGUCGUCAUCGUGCUCGUCGUUUCAACGGCUAUACCCGGGACGACAGCCACUACUAUCCGGAUCAAGUUCGUUCUAAUCCGCGAGGACUUGGUUACGGUGAUCCGGCGGCACACACGCUGCCGCCUCAGUUCGUCGAAUCGUUGCGGCAACAAGUGCGAAAAAAUGUCGGCUGCGACAACACCAAUUGUUACGUGAUGGGAUGCUGCAGCAAACUCUAUUUCCGGCAUUAG